UUUUUACGUUUUGAUGAUGUGACGUCUCAACAGUAAAUAGGUCAAGUUCGAGGACGAUUUCUGACAGUUGUCGCGUGCGGCUCGCUGAAGGAAAACAAACAAAAAUCGGAAGUUGAAUGUGAGAUCGCCAUCCUUGAAAAUGAGUGUGAAGUCUGACCGUGCAGAGAAGACAAUGUCUGAGAGAAUCUCCGCCCUGGAGCAGGCCCUGCGACGAAUCGGGGACGCCAAGAGACAGCUCAGUAGAAACACAGCUGAGGCCAAGUCUCACAUCCAGUGUAACAUCAGUCGUCAGCUGGAGGCGCUGAGGAACCGUGAGGUGUGGCUGCUCAACCAGCUGGACGUUGUGUCGUCUGCCAAGGAGGAGGUCCUCCAGCAGCAGUCUGUACGCCUGCACAAGACACUCGGUGUGCUCCAGAGCUCAGCCCGCUUCCCCAACUCCGCCGUGGACUCUAACCUACCCAGGCUGGAUGUCAGUGAUCUACAGCCAGAGGAGACCCCACACGUUUCAUUCCGUGGGGACCCCGUCAAUCUCCGGGAGGCCAUCAUGAACUAUGGUAAGAUUGACCACACAAGCGUACCCGCCCUCCACUCCCCGUUCCUGCCCUCCAACCAGCGGGCACCCAGCCUUCCCAAACACUUUGAAGACUAUGAUGAUGCGGAGCACCAUGUCUUGUAUAAGACAGUGGAAGAGAUCAACCGUGGAAAGAUGGACAACCCUUGUGUGUAUGUGAACAUCCCGAAGUUGUCUACCCGAGUGGAAGAUUGGUUGAUGUACCCGCUGACUUCGGCUUCAACUAGCAUGCCAGAGUCAAGAUUCUCCUUCCCCAAACUCUCAGACAAUCUGGCAGACUGGCUUAAGGCUCCGAUCAGGGUGUCUGCCAGUCAGUCAGCCCCUGUGGGAGUCUUGCCACAGACAGGGGGAAGCAGAUCCAGGGGCGCCCCACGGGUGGAGGGGAUGUCCACAGAUGCCAGUAUCAAGACAUGGCUAACCAAUAUCAAGCAGACUCCACAUGAAGAGGAUGAAGAAGACUAUGACUUUGUGGAGGAGAUGUCAGACACACGGACUGUAUGCAGUGUGGAAGGCCUGGCCAGUCUGGCCCACUCUGGAGGUGGGGAUGGGACUUGGCUUUCUGCACCCAAACUUCUCCCACCCACCAACCUAACACUCAGCACUAAAUCAAAGAUACAAUCAGAGCCGAACGAGAUAUGGUUGCUGAAGCCAACACAGUGCCUGCAGACGUGUCAGAUACAAUCCAGUGUGGACAUGAGCCGCUACCUGGGAAACAUACGGGAAGAGCUUGACCAAUGGCUGGUCACUUCCAGUCACCACAUAAACCAGGCAAGCAAGACUAAGGAAGAUAGCGCUAAUCAGCGACUGUGUCCAGAGGUUCCCUCUUCCCCGACACAGAGGUCAAAGCCUGUGGAAGACAAGGGCACAGUCAGCAAGUGGCUGAAGACGUCAAUACCCUCCAGGUCCAGCUCUGCAUCCUUGGUGUCAUCUGCCAGUAGUUCCAGCUUCACAGGCCUAUCCACUCCUGGCCUCAGCCACUGGCUCCUACAUGGAGGCAGCAAUGACACCCCCAGUCAGGAUUGUCCUCCCUGUGCUUUUAUGGAAAAAUAUAAAGCUGGUACACAGAAUAUGGACUGGAUAAAAACUGACAAGAUCAGUAAGAAUGCUUCAAUAAAGGCCAACAAUCCUUUUGAAAAAUUUACAUCAAGCAGAUUUGAGCCUUCAGAAUGGUUAAAGCCUUUCAGCACUAAAUCAUUUGUCCCUGAUAAUGGCCCCUCACCCCUUGAUAAUUUUAUCAGCUGCCAGAAGGCAUCCCCAAUGUCAGCAUGGCUGCUGAGGCCUGGUGUUGGGGAGCCUCAGCCCCCACGCUGUUUUGAUCGUGUCAUUGAGCAGGAGGGUGCGAUCUGGCUUUUCCCAACCUCGGACACCUGCCCCCUUGAGAAUGACCUGCUGGAGGAAGACCUGUGCUGACCACACACACAUUUGUGAACUUUAAUUACUUUAUAGAUUACUGACUUUUUUUUAAUAGAUUUUUAGCUAAAUCGGAAGAUAUUUAUUUUCGAAAUACACUUUAUUUCAUUGAGGAAUAUAUUUUCCAUAUAAGGGCAUUUUUGUGAAUAUGAGUUGAUUUGAGCAACUUCUUAAAGCUGUAAGUGUAUAUAGGGUAUAUAUAGGAUCUGUCCCAUAUUGUGGUCUAAAUUAAAACCGGUACACACUUUUAUUCAACAAGUUUUGGAAAAGUUUUAGUGAGGGAGCUUACUAAGAUAUAUCCUGGAGAAGUCAGAGAAGUCAAAUAAAUUUGUAUUUUAUUUUAUGAUGAGUAUCAGAUUCUUUUUAUUACAUGCAUUUUUGGUAAAAAAUAUCAACUUAAACUAAAGUAACAAAAAUUAAGUACUUGUUUCAGAGGUGAAAUUCAUCGCAAAAAUUGUAGUAACCGUAAUAAAUUAAAACAAUAUGUACAUCUUAUCAUUGUAAGUAGAACUGCUUGAUAAUUCUUAUUAUCAUGAAAGAAAAGUGAGAAAUUAAAUGUACGACUUACAGGAAUAUGAUCACUAUUAGCGUCCCAGAUUCCAGCAAUUUAUCAAUUAUUUUUUCAAAUUAAAUAGCUUGUAAACAAGCAGAGUGACCAAAGGAAAUUCAGCAAUGUUACCGGAAACCAGGUCUAAACAUGUAAUACAAUUGUUGAGGUGAUACAUUAAGUCUUAGAUUAAAAUUGACAACCACAUAAAAAUUGCUUUCAAAUUAUUACGUUAUAUUUGUAUAUGAAUGAGAUGUUUAAAAUAUAGCAGACUGUGCUUUUGUAAAUAGUUGUUUUUUUGUUUUUGCUUUGAAUAAAUGAUACAUGAUCAUCAUUGAUUACAAGGUUGUGACCUCCAGUACAGUUGAUGUUGGUGAAGUAUUUUAGUAAAAAAUAAAUAUUUCCUUGAAGUUGUUAUAGCUUAUCCGUUUUGAUGCUUGGCAUGAAUUGUAUUAUUACCAUCAUUAUUUUCCUUACAAGGUGCAGUUUCAAAUAUUCAGUAAAGAUUUGCCAGGCACUUUAUCUUACAUCAAAAUGAUACAACAAUUGUGAUAUCACCAUUGUGCUGCAUGAAUUUGCUUCCUUUAAAACAUUAUAUUUUCACAAAACAAACUUUAGUUUGAUAUUAUGUUAAUUUUAAAAUUACUUGAGUGAUAAUUUACAUAUUUUUAUUUCUCCCAGUUCACAUGAAUUAUUCAUGGUGUUUAUACAAAAUAUCAUGUAUUCAAGAAGACAGCUCAGGGCCUGUAUUACAGAAGCAUCUUAACGGCGCACAAUUUAGGUUGGUGUAAAAAAUAUAAGCAAUAUAAAAUUUUGGCGCUUUUUUAACAUGGGAAUUUGUGGACAUGUAGCUAUUAAUUGAACACCCCACUUAUUUUAUUCAAAAAUCCCAUUUAUUAAACUUUUCUUUAUCUAUACACUAAACAAAAUUCCUCACCGGCCACUUAGUAAAGUAACCUUCUUGAAAAGUGCAUUAAGUAUAAUCAAUAUACAGUUCAGUAUUCGAUAUCUGCCAUCUCGUGGCAUUAUUCUUUGAAAAAUUCAGCUAAAUCGAAGCAUAAACGGCAGAGAAAACACAGUUCAUAUGCGGUUACUCCUAAAUCCAUAAGUCACAAGGAAAAGCAAUAACUAUGCAAAUUCCAUAGGGAAUCAAAAUUUUAACCUAGAUGGUAAUGUUAAAGUUGAACAUUCAUUUGAACUAAUUAAGCCGUUGAUGACUGUGUUUCAGUCUCACAUAUGAUGUAAUACCAUUUUAAAGUGACUAAGGGUGGUAUUUUUUAUUUUUCUUCCUUUACACGCUAUGUUAGAUUUUGUCACUUAUGAUUGAGGGUGUUGUCAUUCGAGACACUAUCUUUUUGACAACGCGAAAUAUGUGAACCAAGUUUUCACAGCAUGUGUACGAUACAAUGGUCUUUUCGUGAAACUAAUUUGUAAUUAGGCGUAUUUCACAGGGAUAGGAAUAUUAGAAGAUAACUUAGGUGGCCGGUUAGGAAUUUUGAUUAGUGUAUAUAAGUCGUAUGUUGUUUUUUUGUGUUUUGUUUGUUUUGAGCAUUAAAGUCAAAAGAGUUAAACAUUAUAAAAAGAGUUGAGAUUGAGAUUUGACUGAGUAAUUUCGUGAUAGUGGGGACAUUGAUUGGAAUCGCUUCACAGAUUGAGAAUGCAUGCAUGCACUCGCUGUUAUGCAUUAUAGAUGUACAUGUCAACAUGUGUAUUCUUCUGGUGAUUUAUACAGUGUACUUAAUAUGUAACGUAUUCAUGUAUUAGUCUCUCAUUAUAUUGUCAUAUAAUGAAUAAUUGUAUCAUAUUACUGAGGUGUAUGGUUACAUGUAUACUAUAGGCUUUGCUCUGUGCAGUUGCAACUUUAUUCCCACCAAGCCAACAUGCAUAGCAAUGUUAGUUUUAUUGUUUGUGUUGAACCAAAAAUAAACGGAUGAACACUC